GACCAAACAAGGAGAUCACCAUACGGAACGUCUCCUAGUCGUCGGUCCCGUCUUCCUCGGGAGCACUUCCUUUUACUACGCCACGCAUUAGCCGCACUCCAGACUGAUCCCAACCAACGAAUAUGAUCAUAAGUUGGGUAGUAGGUAGUCAAUCCAAUGUUAGUCUCAUUGAUUCGAACUUCGAUUUUCAUUUUGUAUACGAUGUGAAGAUUACGCUGAUAACCUUUAAAUAAUAG